UAAAGACUCUUGAACCCCGGAUAAAGCUCGAAGGGUACCGGUACCAUAUCAGAAGCUUCUUGCUCUCGAGCACAAGCCCUUUUCCUUUCCUUUCCUUCCACCCCCCGUCCUUCAUUCCCCCCCCCCUCUCUCCCCCUUCCAACUACUUGUGUCAAUUGAGCCUCUGAGAGUUAUAUUCCGACAAUAUCAAAAGGAUGUCAGAAGGAAGUACCAUUGAGAAGGAGGCGAAGCAUAUUGAUGGAACUGUUACCCCGGACUCAUUGGAGUCCUCCGACCUGGCCUGCUUCGACGAGAAGAGAACGAAGAAGCUUCUGAGGAAGUUGGAUUGGCAUCUCGUGCCCUUUUUGGCACUACUUUACUUACUUUCAUUCCUGGAUCGCACAAACAUUGGCAAUGCACGCUUGGCUGGGCUUGAGAAGGACCUUGGCAUGUCGGGUCUUGACUACAAUGUUGCCCUCGCAGUAUUCUUCCCUUGGUAUGUCGCGGCCGAAGUCCCCAGCAAUCUCAUGAUGAAGAGGACCCGGCCUUCUCUCUGGCUCACCAUUAUCAUGGUUGCUUGGGGUAUCACCAUGACCCUCAUGGGUUUGGUCACCAACUAUGUCGGUCUCUUGAUCUGUCGUAUGGCUCUCGGUUUAACAGAGGGUGGUCUAUUCCCUGGUGUCACUUUCUACAUCACCAUGUGGUAUAGACGUCACGAAUGCGGUCUCCGUAUGGCGAUAUUCUUCUCUGCUGCUACCCUUGCCGGUGCCUUCGGUGGUCUCUUGGCCAGAGGUAUCUCUGAGAUGGCGGGUGUUGGGGGAAAGCCUGGAUGGGCCUGGAUUUUCAUUCUCGAGGGAUUGGUUACGGUCAUUAUUGCUUGCAUCGCAAUCUGGGCCAUCAAUGAUUACCCCGAGACCGCUAAAUUCCUCACACCCGAAGAACGUAAGGAAGUCCACCGUCGCCUGAAGGCCGACAGAACCUCCCUCGCAGACGAGUACCAUAUCAAGUACUUCUUCCACGCCAUCAAGGACUGGAAGAUCUAUGUGCACAUGUUGAUCACCAUUGGGAUCUACACCCCUCUCUACUCCUUCUCCCUCUUCCUCCCGACCAUCGUGAAGAACAUGGGUUACACCAACAAGGAGUCGCAACUGAUGUCCGUCCCGCCAUACGUCUUCGCCUGUAUCUGCACCAUCGGAGCCGGGUACCUUGCCGACCGCUCGAAGCAGCGUGGGGUGUACAUGAUCGCCGCCUGCCUGACCUCCAUCAUCGGGUUCACCAUGUUGAUCUCCACCCACAAGCCCGGUGUCCAGUACGUUGGCACCUUCCUCGCUGCCGGCGGUAUCUACCCGAACGUUCCCAUGGGAGUCGCUUGGAACGGCAACAACAUUGGCGGCUCGACCAAGCGUGGUGUCGGGAUCGCGAUGCACGUCGGUUUCGGUAACUUGGGAGGUAUCAUCGCCGCAUUCGCCUACCGUUCCACCGAUGCGCCCAGGUACUUCUCCGGACAUGGUCUGCUCAUCGCUACGACCACCAUGAGUCUCUCGCUCUGCUGCUUCAUGACCAUAUACCUGAGGAAGGAGAAUGCCAGACGUGACGCUCUCAUGGCCAGUCAGGGACUCACGCUGGAUGGCUACUCUGAUGACAUGAAGGACUCCGAGAGGGAGAAGGGUGAUAAUGCUACUUUCUUCCGUUACACAAUCUAAUCCUAUAGUUUUUUUCUUGUUUUUUUUUUCCUUUCUUACCACUUCCUUUCCAAUGCGUCUUACUUUUAUAUAUAUCAUUCUGCAGUUUUAUUUCCUAUCUUCUUUUUUAAGGUUCGGGGGAAUACGCGUGGGAAACUCAUUUUGUAAUGACUCACUGUGAAUGAAGGGGGACACGUAUGAUAUAGCAUUUGUCCGAAGGAAAGAAAGAGUGAGGGAAACGAACAAACUUGAACAAAGUUUAGAUGGAGUCCUUAGGUUUUUUCUUUCUGGAAAACAGAACAAAUUGAUUAUCGGUUCUUAUAUA